AAUGAUAAAAAAUUAAGGAGCAUCAUUAGAAGGCAUAGAAUAAAAAUUUAACAAUAAGAUUAAAUUAUUAUAGACUUAGUAAAUAGAUUCAUAUGUAAUUAUCAAUGGUAAUGUGUCAAAUAUAGAUUAUAAUGAUGAUAUAUAAAGAGAAAAAGCAUUCUAUGAAUUUACAUUAAAUAACUUAAAUAAAUUUUAAAAUACCAAUUAAAAUAUCUCAUUCAUCAGAAUUGAUUAGGAUUUUUUAUUUAAGUAAAUAGGAGAAGUUAUUUUUAAUCCUAUUGUUAAUUCUGCAGUACAUAUUAAAAAUGUAGAAGAAAAAGAACUUAAUUAAUAAGGAAAGAAAAUUUAAACACUUCUUACAGCUAAAAAAUCUAAUUAAUAAAAACAUUAAAAAAUUAUUGAAGAAAUUAAAAAGGCUAUGAAAAAAAAACCAGUUGAUGAAUUGGAUAAAGAUGAAAUAUAAACCAUUGAAUAAAAAUUAAAACCAAUAAAUAAUUUAAAAAAAGGAAUUAAAAAGAAGAAGACAAAAAGAUUAGGAAAAUUAGCUAGAUUACACAAAAGACUUAAAUUAAAUAGUAGAAAAUAAAAAUGA